GCGGCGGCCGGGGCGGGGGAACGCGGCGCUGCGGUGAUGGGCCCGAGCCGAGCGGCGGCCCCGCAGCAUGACAGGCAGCCGCCGGCCCGCAGCCGCCCCCCGCCAGCCGGCGGGGAGCGCGGCCCCAGCGAGAAGUGAGAUGGCCCCCCGGAAACAGCCGCGGCGGAGGCUGCGCGCCCGGCGGGCGGCGUGACCGCCUCCCGGCCAAGCCAUGGGCCAGACCUCCGUCUCCACUCUACCCGAGCCGGCCGGCGUUGAUGGUUUGGAUAAGGCUUCAAUCGCUAACUCGGAUGGGCCAGCCCCAGGAUCCCAAACACCCCCCUUCAAGAGGAAGGGUAAACUUUCCACAAUUGGCAAAAUCUUUAAACCUUGGAAAUGGCGGAAGAAGAAGACCAGCGACAAAUUCAGAGAGACGUCAGCAGUGUUGGAAAGGAAGAUUUCGACAAGACAAAGCAGAGAGGAGCUGAUAAGAAGGGGAGUGCUGAAGGAAAUGCCCGAGCAAGAUGGUGAUGUAACAGUAAAUUUUGAAACUUCAAAUGGACACACCAUAGCUGUUGGUGAAGAAGCCAUACAAGAAGAAAAUGUGGCAAAAGCCAGUGGAGAUAAUGGUAAUUUAGCAGAGAAAACAUCAGCACUGGAAGGAAAAAAAGAAGAUCAAAAAGAGAGCACUACUGACCACUGCACAGAAAUACCAGCAUCUCAUGCUCCACCACUACCCAAGCCUAAGCCUAAAGCUAAAAAAGCUCCACUACCACCAAAAAAUGCUAUUGCUGCUUCCGCCACCACCAGCUCUAAGAGUAACGAAGCACCUCAUACUAAAAAAAAGGGAAAGGCUCCUGCUAAGCAGCCUCCUCCCCCACCGCCCAAGCCAACAAGUCACAGUGCAAGUCGAGAAGCUGCUAGCUCCUCUCAUGCAAAAAGAACACCAGUCUCCAAGUCUUCAUCACCAUGCCCUUCAUCCACAUCAUCUCAUCCCAAAGCCUCUAAGGAGACUUCCAGCAAAUCAAGCACAUCAGGGACUUCCAGGGGCAAGAAAAAGCCUGGGAAACAGUCAGCCCCACGAACAGCGCCAGAUGGGGCUGCUUCUUCCCCUUCAGGUGCCACAGCCGGCAGGUUGGAAGUGAAGGCAGAAAAGCCUGAGCCUGAGCAACCUUCCAUAGUAAUUUCAGAAACAGAGGAUGCAGACCAACCAAGCAAGCUUAUUGUCCCCCCUCCUCCCGCUGCUGCCCCUCCUCCGCCUCCACUUCCACCUCCUUUUCCUGCUGCAGUUGCUCAGCAGACUAUCUCCUCAGAUGCCCAAGUUGUGUCAGACGGCUGUGUGGCAGGGCUGGCUGUCUCUGGAUCAGAUGCUAAAUCUCUUCUCUGGACUGAACAUGGCACAGAAGAGAGCCUGAGCAGAGCAGCCCUAGACAGCAGUCAGGAUGCUAGUGGAGAAGACACAAAAAGCUUGGCUACCAAAGAAGACCAAGAAGUGGAGGCAGCUGACCAAGAGCACCCUGAACCAGGGGAGGAGGCUUAUGAUGCUGCUGCCCCUCCUGAGAGUGAAAGCAGCAGAGACAGCCACAGCAGUGACUCAGACUCUGAUGGGCCGAUACUGUACACAGAUGAUGACGACGAUGAUGAUGAUGAUAAUGCAAGUGCUGAAAGCUCUUUGGCAAGUAAAAUUCGUCGUAGGGAUACUCUUGCUAUCAAACUUGGCAACAGACCAUCUAAGAAAGAAUUAGAAGACAAAAACAUCUUGCAGCGUACAUCAGAAGAGGAGAGGCAGGAAAUCAGACAUCAGAUUGGAACAAAGCUAGUGAGGAGACUUAGCCAGAGGCCUACAACUGAAGAGCUAGAGCAAAGAAAUAUCCUGAAACAGAAGAAUGAAGAAGAGGAACAGGAAGCCAAAAGAGAAAUAAAACGUAGACUCAGUAGAAAGCUCAGCCUGAGGCCUACAGUGGCUGAACUGCAGGCAAGAAGAAUCCUCCGAUUUAACGAGUAUGUGGAGGUCACAGAUUCUCCGGAUUACGACCGUCGUGCCGACAAGCCUUGGGCCAGGUUAACUCCUGCAGACAAGGCAGCAAUACGGAAAGAGCUGAAUGAAUUUAAAAGCACAGAAAUGGAAGUACAUGAGGAGAGUCGGCAAUUUACCAGGUUUCAUCGUCCGUAACUGUUUGACCACAUCACAUAUUUCAUGUAACAGUUUUCUUUGGGGAAAUCACUUUGUCCUGAAGAGCUGAGAUUGCACUGGAACUUGACUGAGUAUGAGUGUGUGCUGAGUUUAAAGAAGGAUGUGGCCCUCAUCUUUAUCAAUGGACAACUGAUUUGUCUAGGAGGAGAACCGACAGGAAGUGUUGGUCAGUGUUAAGAAAGACGACAGUUCUGUGAGUAGCCCACACAGAUGAGUCACUGCACUUCACCAUUGGAACUCCACAGGUCAGAAAGUGCUGAAGACAAUCGCUUGAGAGCCUGUUACCAGGAAAUCAUCAGACUUCACAGGGUUAUGACUGGGUAACUGAGAAGGGGGAGGGUGAAAAGGACCGAGAGACCGUGGGGGACACGAGACUUUGCUUGUCGGUCCACAGAGAGAGGUGGAACGAGUGGGACUGCUUAACAAUACACUUGGCCAGUGGGAGGAAUUAUUUUCUUUAAAAAACUGAGAGUGUGAGUAACUGUGCAUGUAUUUUAUUGUUUUUAGUGGCCUCGGCCUGUCUUAGAAAGACAGCAAGCCACAAGUCUUCAUGUCAUCGAUACUUUAGUGAAGAACUGUAAUUUUCUCUGUUGCCAGUAAAUGCAGUUGCCAGAAAUUAGUCCUAGUAGAACUCAGCUGUCUUUUAAAUCCUGAUGAGCAUGCUUCAAGAAGAUACAUUGAACAUUCAUACAGAGUAAGUCUUGUAUUUUUUAGUUUUUAAUGUUGACAUAUUCUGGAUCCUCAGAAAUACAUAAACAGGAUUUGAAGGACAAAUAAUGUGACACUAUGAAUGCAACUAAAUGCUUGAUGUGUAGAAACACUCCUUGCUGUCUGCCACUUGCCGUUCAAAACAGAGGCCAUUCUUUCUCACCUGUGGCAGGCAGUGGUGAGAAAUUUGACAUCAUGCUAGUCUGAAUCCAAAAUCAGAACUGAAAUUAGGCACAAAAGUCUUUACUAGUAUGCUUGGGCAGUGAUUACUAAUACAACCUUUUAUGCUGAAGGACUCUUGCGCUGCUCUGAGGAAGAUCUCCCAAAUGAAUCAGUAUGUCUUCAGCCAGCAGUCCUGUAAAAGUGAAUGGAAAAAUCUUUAAGAGUGUCUGUAGCCUGUUUUUGUUGAGUGUGAAGAAUGGUUCUUAGAUUCAUAAUUUUUUAUACUGUCUUGAAAUUGUACAUGUGAAUACAGUACUACUAAACUUAAGUGGUAUGAAGUGUGAAAGGCAAUACAUGGUUUUUGUAAGUUGGCCCAAAGGCCUAUGAAAAAGCCUGUGGCGUUGUUUACACUAAGAAAUUCUCCACCUUAUAUUAGCACUUAUUUAUCCUUUGAAUUAAUGUACACAGCAUUUGGGGGGUCUGGAAUUCACAUAUGCAUACAUUUAAUGCAGUAUUACAAUAUAUUUGCUAUUUAUCCUUUCUAAUGUGUGUACAUAUUACAAUUUAUUUUUGUCUUUUAUGUGCCCUGUUUAGUUUUUAAUUAAGAAGUGUAAGUAUUUUGGUUUCAGGCAAUAAAAGGUCUGUGUAGAUGUGAUUUUUACCUCAGAACCUGCAAUAGAUUAUUGUAGUUUAUAAAACUGAAGGUUGUUUCAGUUGUCAGUGUAAAGUCAGGAAGGCAGUUUGGUGGCUAAAAUAGAUCUCCCUCCUUACUGAUAUUUACACUAAGACCAGGUUUGCAUAAAUGGGGUGGAUUGUUUCAGUAAAGAGCACUCUAGUAAUAGGAGAGUACUUUCCAACAGCUGGCACUCUGUAAUUUUUUAAGAGAUUGACCAAUGUUUUUUAAACAAUAUAGAUUUAUAUGAUUGUUAGAAUCCCUUGCAUUUUAGUACAAAUCUAAUCAUGUACAAGCCAUAAAAUAGCAGCAACUAAAGAAAAUACAUCUACAUGCUUGUAGCAAAGAAAAGGAAGGAGCAUCUUCCUGUUUUAAUGGAGUCAAUAAGAGCCAUUAGUAAUCCAUUUGCAGAAAACUUUAGCUCCUGUGAGGCCCAUCAUUUUAUAAAUAUAGAAACACCACAUCAAGCAAGCAGGGAAAAUGUAUUCUUUGGCACUAAAUCAUCAAGCCAUUAGAGUUAAGGUUUGUCAGCAAUUCUGGUACAAUCCUAAUUUGCAUUUUUAGAAUUUGAAGUGUAAACUUAAAACUUCCACUAGCACUUAACACAAUAGUUAUCCUGCUUAAACUUCUUGUUGCCAGAUUUAGAAACCUGUGUCCAAAAUUCUAUGAAGGUCUACUGUGUUGACUUUGAAGUAUAAAGCACAGUACUUCUUCAAAGGAAGCAAGUGGAACAAUUAGACCUCAGUGUUGCCUUAAUAAGUUUGAAACAUUUGAUAAUAGCCAAGAUUCUAAAGACAAAAAGAAGCUGUUGCAUAGACAGAAUAACUUGGACAAAGGUAAGGUCAGACUAUAUAAAC